GACUUUUAUUAUAUAUUCUCCGGAUAUGGUAAUCUGUCAGUCUAUAGCAAUAAGACUUUGCUAAUGAAACUUUCAAAAUUUGAUGCUGAAAUCUGGACAAAUGCUUAUGUUACACUGUCUAAGGGAGUUCACAAUAUUUCCUUUGUAUACUCAGGUGGAAACAUAACUACACUGGCUGUCGAUAGUGUGGUAACAAAAUCAGGCGAAUGUCCAAAGAAAGGCUGUGGUGAAAAUUGGUAUACUUGUAAAUACAAUAAUACAUGCUACCCUUACACUGAAAAAUGUGAUGGAAUAAAAAAUUGUCCCAAUGGAGAAGAUGAAAAUGGUUGUGGUAGUAACAAACCAAAAUAUAAAUUGACUGGUGGUCGAGAUUUGUGGUCCGGAAAAUUGAAAACGCUUAGUGGAUCGGAAUACUUGACAACAUGUGCCUACUCUCUCCCUGAAUGGACAUUGAACACGAUCUGCUCCAAUUUUGGUUUCAACGGAACUUCAUAUUCGAAAAGGAAAAGCGAAUACAUUACAGGAGAUUACAUCUACUGCUAUUAUUAUCGAUAUGGCUCUUUGAAUUGUUAUAAGAGUUCUUGUGAGCAGUGUCAUUGCAAUGUGCCUUAUGUGUUCUGUUCUAAUACAACAUGUCCACUUGGUAAAGUGAGCUGUCCUUCAAGUCGCAAUGAAACCAAUUCUACAAAUACGUGUAUUUUCAAAGAAAGUAUAUGUGAUGGACAACCUGACUGUGAUGAUCAUAGCGAUGAAGAAAAUUGUGAUAGCUGUACAGACAACCAGUGGCAAUGCAGAAAUAAGAAGUGCAUCGAGAAAGACCUUCGCUGCGACGGUAAUAAAGACUGUGAUGACGGCUCAGAUGAAUUCCAUUGCUUUAAAUACGCGGAAAACAUGACUGUGCAAAUGUUUUACAAUGGUUCAUACAAACCUAUUUGUGAAAACAAUUUGAAAACCGCAGAUGUUGCAAAUAAGUUGUGUUCCUAUGUUGGAAGAAGCAAUGGAACAUUUAAUGGUUCAAUUUCUGGUAAGGGUAUAGUAUUCAGACACAAGUAUUCAGGCAACGAUGACCAACUGAUUCCAGGUUUCGAACCCGAAUCUAUUAGCGAAUGCAACAUCGCGAAGCUAAAUUGUGGUGAACAACAAUGUGGAACUCGAAUGAUGGGCUCUAUUGAAUCCAGUGCAAUGAGCAAUAGUGGACAAUUCGCUUUGGAUGGAGAAUGGCCCUGGUCUGUGUCAGUUCAUGGGAAUUACUAUUUUUCAAAACCUGCUGUAAUAAUCGACAAACACCAUGUCCUUACCCCUGCUGCUUAUUUAAAAGCAAGGUUACCUAAGAAUUUACAUAUAAAAACUGGAUCGACUUGGCAACGUAGUGGAGAUGAAUACUAUGUGGAUAAAAUCUGGAUACCAAAAGAAUAUUCACCGUGGAACAUAGAUUAUAAUUUUGCAAUUCUUCACGUGAAGAACGAAAUUAAGAUGUCACGUUCUGUACAGCCAAUUUGUUUACCAGAACGCUCUAUGCCCAGUAAUACGAAAUGUUUUGCUGUUGGAUUCGGAGGUAUAUCAAAACGCUUAGAAGAAAUAAAGGUUGAAAAAACAGAAUCUUCAUUCUGCAAGAAGAAUUUUCCAUUACAUGAAAACGCUACAUUCUGUGCCAACGAUAAACACGACGAUCCACCACACUGUUCUUUUGAUGAAGGAAGUUAUGUAACAUGCCCCAAUGAACAUGGCAAGUGGACGGUAUAUGGUUUGGGUUUAGAAACUUCAUGUUAUAAUCACGAUUUACGUCCUUCACUAUUUAUUGACGUAUAUAAGAUAAAAGAUUGGAUUGAAGAGAAAAUAUAACAAGUUAAAUACAAGAUGUUUGAUACAAUGUUAAUUAUUAAUGAUUAAUUUGAUUUAAAUUGGUUUCAUUAUCUGCUUAAUUCCACAAUUAAAUUUUGCAAAUUCUAACGAUGUAACUAACUUUCGAGUCUCCUUUGUUGCUUGCUUAUUUUUAUUAACCUUAUUUGUUCUCUAAAGAUUUACAUGCCACGUCUAAACAUACUAAUUUAUACUUUUAAAAUACCUACAUUAACAUUCUAAAUAUCUGAAUAAAAAGAUUAAUUUUCCAGAAAUAUUCCCUGUCAAAUGAUUCAUACCAACUGAAAGAGUUAUGCUUAUUAAUUAAUUUUAGACGAAAUCCCACUUAUCAGUUUAAUGUGUAUUUAAUGACAGAUUAUAAACCUUCCUAGAAUCUGCGGUGACCUAUAAGUGGUGAGAUUAUGCGAUUGUAGCUACAUCAGGCUACAAAAGCAAUUAGAUUUUGAAGUUGUAAUCGUUCUUUUACUAUGUUAUUUCUUUUCAACUUGAGGUUUCAUUUUUACUUAUAUUUCAUUUAUUCGCAAGUUGCAUGAUACUCUACAUCGUCCUUAACAUUUUUAUACAUUAAAGUCUCUAUGUAUUAUUGCCAAUGACCAAUUUUUUUAAUGAUUUUUAAAUAAGUUUUAUAAUGCGUUUAUAAUUAUCAAUGAUCUUCAAUAAAACUUUUAUCAGUGUGAAA